AUGGUCAAAGUUUGCAUUUUACAGGUGUGUUGUCGUAAAUUUGAGCAGUGUUUUUCGCCGCAUGUUACCUGUUGCAAUCAAAAGUAUGUCAAGAAAGACAAGGAAGGCUAUUCAGAACGUAGUGAUCGAUUAGCUAAGCUGGCGAAGGAGGAAGUAGGCAAGUUCUCACCGGACACACGAAAUGAAAUCUGCCUCUUAUCUACACAGCUGUGCUCACUCAUCAAAUGCUCCAAACCGCCUCCGAUGCUGUGGUGCACCAACGAAUCCAAACAAUCCGAGUGUUGUCCGCUUGCGUCGAGUUGUAGUUGCAAGUGUGAUAUCAAAUUACAGUAG